AUCAGUUUGACGGCUAUACGUAAAAGUUGAGGUCUCAUCUCCAACACACUUUUUGUAACUGAUGAAGCAGUCCAUUUUUGCGCCCAUGUGAUCUCAGAUUCCGAAUCAGUACUGACCAUUGUCGUCUACCACCAACUCUUCUGUCCUCUUCGAAUAUUCACAAUUCUCCCCCGUCGUUUCGGUCUCUGUCUAUCACAGAGAGAGUAAGAGACUGAGCGAGCACUGCUGGGUUGGCGUUUUAUUUCUCGAUCGGAGAAGAUGAAGAAAUUCUUCAUCUCAGCCGGACGGACGGCGGCGUCGCCAUCAAAACCUUCCCCGAUCGCUCCCCGUUCUUUCUCCACUCUCAACGCGUCUCUCCAAGAAAAUGCCCCGUUUCUCCCCAAAAUGCCCCCCUUCGAUUACUCUCCGCCUCCUUACACCGGUCCCUCCGCCGCCGAGAUCCUCCAGAAGCGCCAGCGUUAUCUCAACCCCGCCAUCUUCCACUUCUUCAAGAACCCGUUGAAUUUGGUGGACGGGAAGAUGCAAUACUUGUUCGACGAGAACGGGCGACGGUAUCUGGAUGCGUUCGGAGGGAUCGCCACCGUGUGUUGCGGCCACUGCCACCCUGAGGUGGUGGAGGCUAUUGUCAAUCAAACAAAGCGUUUGCAGCAUUCCACUGUAUUGUAUCUCAAUCACACAGUCGCCGACUUUGCAGAAGCUCUUGCAUCAAAGAUGCCCGGUGACCUCAAGGUUGUUUUCUUUACCAAUUCUGGGACAGAGGCCAAUGAACUGGCCUUACUAAUGGCCAGGUUGUAUACUGGUUGUCAAGAUAUUGUUUCAAUAAGGAAUGGUUAUCAUGGCAAUGCAUCUUCUACAAUGAGUGCUACUGCCCAAUCUAACUAUAAAUUCAACAUAGUGCAGACAGGAGUGCACCACACUCUAAAUCCAGAUCAGUAUAGGGGUAUGUUUGGCUCAGAUGGACCGAAAUAUGCCAGGGAUGUUGAUGAUAUUAUUACUUAUGGAACAACGGGUCGCGUUGCUGGUUUUAUUGCUGAAGCCAUACAGGGUGUUGGAGGAAUAAUGGAGUUGGCCCCGGGUUACUUGCCAGCUGUCUAUAGCAGUAUCAGAAGAGCAGGAGGCCUAUGUAUAGCAGACGAGGUCCAAUCAGGCUUUUGUCGGACAGGGAGCCAUUUUUGGGGAUUUGAGGCCCAUGGAGUUGUGCCUGAUAUUGUUACCAUGGCAAAGGGAAUUGGAAAUGGCAUUCCACUUGGAGCUGUCGUCACCACUGCCGAAGUUGCAAAAGUCUUAACAGACCGGAGUUACUUCAACACUUUUGGCGGGAAUCCUGUGUGCACGGCUGGUGGUCUAGCGGUUCUUAAAGUGUUGGAAAAAGAUAAGCUCCAACAGAAUGCAUUCACUGUGGGGUCAUAUCUUAAAGAGCGUCUCAUCUCACUGAUGGAUAAGCAUGAAAUUAUUGGUGAUGUGAGAGGACGUGGUCUGAUGCUAGGGGUUGAGCUUGUGACUGAUAGGAAGCUGAAGACUCCUGCAAAGGUUGAAAUACUUCAUCUAAUGGAAGAAAUGAAAGAGAUGGGAGUACUCGUAGGAAAAGGUGGAUUUUUUGGGAAUGUAUUCAGAAUCACUCCACCACUCUGCUUCACCAAGGAAGAUGCUGAUUUUCUUGUAGAUGUGAUGGAUUACUCUAUGUCAAAGAUGUGAAGUGUGUAGGAGAUAAACAAAAAGAUCUGUCUACCUGUACUUGGCCAUUCAACAACCUUCUUCUCCUAUGGACUCCUUAUUCUUCUGUCAUAUAUUACUGUUGUUGUUUGUUUAGCCAUCACAAACAAAUAAGUGCCAUAUAUAUAUGGCAGGGAGAUUAUGAGACAUCACCUCGUUGUCUCUAUCUCUCGCACAUUUAUUCUUUUUAUUCUAAAUAGUAGACGUGUAUUAUGGGUAAAUAGAAACCUUUAGUUUAUUCUCAAGACUCAACUUUUGUGGACUCAAGUUUGUUGUGAAAUUUCCGUCUUUUGUCAUUCGAGAUUGCAAAUUCUUUUUGUAUGACAUUUCUCAAAAAGGUUCUCUUUGUGAGAUGGUCUGCGAAUGGAGCUGCAUGGCUCUUGCUUUCAUGUCAGAAUAGGGGACCAAUGACCUCUAGCCCAGUUGAUUGGAGAGAUGAUGUAUUAUGAAUUUUGUGACUAAAGUAUUUCAAAUCCCCCAAAGACUCCAGUAAUAUUGUUCAAUAUUGAGGUAAUAGAUGACAAUAUGAGGGGAAUUCAUCUAGGGGGAUUAGCGAUCGGCUUGAGCAUGUUUUAUCUCUUAUCAGUAGGGCUGGCAAUAUCACCCGCACUCGUGGAUACCCGGUCAACCCGAACCGAAAAUAUGGAUGAAAACCCGAAGAAGUAUGGAUGAAAAAUGGACGACGGGUGGAUCAAAAGACGGGUGGAUUGGGUGUGGAGGAAGGUUCAUCCAACCCAUCACCCGACCCAUCCACCCACAUGUUGACCCGCAUAUAAGUAUAUACUCCCUCCGGUUCUAAAUAAACUUCACACUUUCCUUUUCGGGACGGUCCAAAAUAAACUUCACACUUCCUUAUUUCCUUAUUUGGCAAAGAAAUCUACAUCAAAACAGUGUUAAACAGUGCCAAACAGUGUCUCAACAGUGCCAAACAGUGUCUCAGCAGUGCCAAACAGUGUCUCAACAGUGUACUCUACAGUAAAGUCAACUUUAUUUCCUUAAUAACUGUGAAGUCAAACACUGAAGUUUAAAAAGAACCGGAGGGAGUAAUAUAUAAUAUAUAUUAUAUCUAUUUAAUAAUAUAUAAUAAUAAUAGUUAAUUGGUGAAACAAAGAUAAUUGGAGAGCUUCAAGAAGUGACAAUUAAAUAGCAAAAAUAGUUUUGUGCCGAUGCAUAAAUGCAGAAUUUAACAACUUGAAGAAGUUUAUGUCUAUUUUGUUUAACAUUCAGUUUUUUCUUUGUCAUCGGCAGUGAAUUAAUGAUUGUAAUAUACGUAGUAUUUAAUUGCUCAUGUUUUUGUUGUUAUUUUACAAUGAAUUCUUAAUUUUGGUUUUUAAUUAUCAUGAUUUCUUUUUGUAUUUUAUUUAUUUUGUCUCAAGUUUGACCAUUUAUAUUUCACCCGCAACUCACCCGAUCCACCCGACAACCCGUUCAAGAUGGAUGAGUU